CCUCUAUGCAAUGACGCUUGGCAAUUUGCGUACCUUUAUAUCGAAAAAGGGGGAGCCUUUUCCUGUUCAUUGAAAGGACGGGAGAGCGGCGCAAAUAUUUGUCAUUUGCCAUACGAUUUCCCACGCCUUGCAAACUCCCGAGGACUACCUGUCAUGUCACAGCCCUUGUUUCUUCACACCUGUUCCGACAAUCACUAUCAUUAUUCAUGAAACGUAUAUUCAAUUUUGCAUGCGCGAGGGUUGACGAAAGUUUUUAGAGGGGAAAUAUGUCGGACACCCAAGUAGAGAAGCUGUUGAAGCUGGUGAAGGACCUCAGAAACCAGAUCGAUGGACAACAGGGAACAUCAUCGCCGAAUAAAAGAUUCAAAGGCGACAGCUUCAUCAAUAAGGCUCAGGCGCUGAUUGAACUGCAGAAUAAAUUAGGAUUCAAAUUUAAGGACGAAGGGUUGCUGAAAAGGGCGCUUGAUCUUUUCUCAGAGGGGUGGGACAAUGAUCACUGUAUCUUUAAAAUACUUGGGAAAAGCGUAAUGCAGACUUGCGUGUAUUACCAUUUGGUGAAGGAGGAUUCAAAAAUCUCAAAGGGCAACUUACAGACGAGUUUGAGUGAAUUCUUUGGAGGGAGAGAGUAUGGCAAAGAAGCGCGAGGGUUAGGGUUGGAGGCAUUUGUGCGGGGUCCGUCCAGCAAUUGCCGCUGCACCAGAGGUAGUGGCCGGAAAACUAUUAAUGAGGUCGAUUGCUUGUAUGCUGCCGUGAUUGGAGCAGUUGCAAUUGACAGUUCCAUAGAACAGGCAACAUCCAUAUUUUUAGGUCUCAGGAAGUGGAGCUCUUCGACCUAGGUUUUCUUCUCAUUCAUGCUAUUUGGAUAUAUAAGUAAGACAGCUUAUCUUUUCUCGUUCCUCUAUUUCAUGUCUUCAGUUUGUGCUCUCUGAGAUGUACUUGGCUUCUAUUUCACAUGUUCAGUUUGGAAUAUGUGAGUUUCUACUGAAUACUUCACUCUAUUCAAUUUGUAGAACUUAUUUAUUCUUAAUUACUUUUUUCUGUCCA